AUGUUAUUUGCCAGCUCUCCGAGAAAGUUCUCCCCGAGUCACUCUUCGGCUGGUAUUCUCGGCAAGGAAUACGCAUUGACUAUAGUUAUGUGCAGAGCAUCAAUUUUUAAAAGGUACUUUUCAGCUGUUGCUGUAUCGAAAACCUUAAUACAGGGAUUACCAAACUUUAAAUCGCCAAAUACCAAGCUUCCCGUGAAGCACACAUUGCCCAAUGUUGCAAAAGUUUUGCUGGUUUCAUCAGGAAAAGGAGGGGUUGGAAAAUCUACCGUUUCGGCAAAUCUAGCUGUUGCUCUUCGGAACUGCGACUUGAAUGUCGGCUUAUUGGAUGCUGACAUCUUUGGUCCUAGUAUACCGAAGCUAAUGAAUUUGAAGGGAGAACCCAGAUUGUCCGAAGAUUCUAAAUUACUGCCACUUAAAAAUUACGGAAUACAGACGAUGUCCAUGGGGUACUUGAUCCCUAGCGAAGACAGUCCCAUUGUAUGGAGAGGUCUUUUGUUACAAAAGGCAUUACAACAGCUACUUUUUGAUGUUAAAUGGGAUAAACUAGAUGUGUUGGUAAUUGACUUGCCACCCGGAACCGGCGAUGUGCAACUAACAUUGAGCCAAUUGUUGAAGAUUAACGGUGCUGUCAUUGUUUCAACCAGCCAAGACUUAGCACUUCUAGACGUCAAAAAGGGUAUUGCUAUGUUCAACAAGGUAAAUGUCCCUAUAUUUGGACUAAUUGAAAAUAUGUCUGUUUUCGUAUGUCCCAAUUGUAAUCACGAAGAGCACUUAUUCGGUGACGGAGGAGCAUUAAAAGAAGCAGAAAAAUUAGGAAUAGAACACCUUGCAUCUAUUCCAUUGAAUAAACAAAUAUGUACAUCUGCUGACGAAGGGUUUCCCGUUGCUAUUGAUAAAGACUCUUCUCUUGCUCAACCAUACUAUAAGGCUGCACAAACAAUAAAGAAUAAAUUGGGACUUUGA